UGAUUUGGUUCUAAAUGUAAACAUCUGGCUAAGGUUAGAUCGUCCAUGUAGAUGUACUUUGAACCCUUUUCGUUAAAUAUUUACAAAGUAUGAUUCUUUAAUCGGCUUGUUAUUAGACUCCAAACCAUCUUAAUAUUUCUUUAAAAACUUUAUAACUUGAUGACAUUUCAUAGAAUGGUCUGUAACCAUGGAAAAAGGAGUAUGCCUUGUCAAAUUUUUAAUUUUGAUUGUAGCCUAAAGCGGUUUUUUUCACCUGCAUGGACAGUAGAAUGAUUCCCACAAGAUUCACAGAAACAAAUGUCGGAGACAUGUUUGUAGUUCGUAAUGCUGGGAAUAUAAUUCCUCAUUGUGGACACUUCCUUGAUGAGUACCAUACAAAUGAGCCAGCAGCUUUGGAACUUGGUUGCAUAGUCAAUGAUAUUCGCCAUAUUAUUGUCUGUGGUCAUUCAGAUUGUAAGGCCAUGAAUUUGCUCUAUGCUUUGCGAGACGCAGAGAUGUCUUCUCAAACCAACCGAAGACUUUCUCCGCUUCGAUCUUGGCUCUGUACUCAUGCCCAUUCAUCACUGGAAAAGUUUCAGCAGUUAGCUUUAACUGGGUACCAUAGCCCUUUAAUAUUUCAGGCUGAAACUCCAAUGCGCAAGUUCGUUGCUUACAUUGACCCAGAUGACAAAUUUGCUAUCCCAGAUAAGCUAUCUCAAGUCCAUUGUCUGCAGCAAAUGCAAAAUAUUGCUAGCUAUUCUUUUCUGAAACCACGUUUAGAAAAGCAUGAGUUGCAUAUUCAUGCUCUCUGGUUUGAUAUUUAUUCAGGUGAUAUUUAUUAUUUUAGUCGUGGUGAAAAACGCUUUGUGGAAAUAAAUGAUAGCACCAUUGAUCCUCUACUAAAAGAAGUAAAGCGGUAUUAUUCAUGAUUUAGUGCACUGUGAUAUUAUUCAUGGUUAUUCUAUACUGCCCAGUGGUCAGCAAGCAUGACAUUUUUGAAAUAGUUGUUUCUGUGUUGCCUGCCAAACUGUGCCAAAUGAUUUAAAAAAAAACAAAAACUUUUGAGUAACUUGCUAAACCAACUAGCUAUUUUAUUGUUUUACUGUUUCUUAUUUUACAUUUUUUUUACUUGCAUUGUUAUCUUACAACAUUCCAUUUGUUGCUCUGAUUAGCUGUAAUAUCAACAAAAGCAUUCCUUUUUCUCAAUGUCUUCCAGCAAUAAUUGUCUUCCUCUCUAUAUUUUUAAUUUAUUGUAAAUAAUAUGAGUAGUUUUUGUGCAUUUUUCUCUUGACUGUUGCGUCUAGUGGCACAUAAUAACCAAUUGCCGAACUCUCUCCAAAAACAUUUCAUGACACCAUUCCUUUAUAAUGUUUUUUAAAACCUGAAAAAUGAUGUUCAUUGUUAGAGAUAUUGUAUAUUUUCUUUAAUUACUGUUUUGUGAUGACUGCUGUGAUGAAGUGUUCUUAUUACUUUCUUUUUAAAUGAUUAGAGGUUUUAAGUGUUCAAAUUUUUGAAUGUGAACUGUGGAGUUGUUGUUUUUUUUAUUUUUGUGUCAGAUGGUACGAACUAACUCUUGUAUUUAUUAUUGCAAUGAUGAAGGUAUUUGGCAGAGUGGAUGUUUACAUGACUUUUGGUCAGAUGAAGUUAUUUCCAAAAUAAAUGCACAUCUUCAAGGAAA